GAGAGUGGCGUGGAGGUUGUGCAGUUACCCUCUCUACCUAUAUAAAUCAUUUAAAGUUACAAAGCAAUUCAAAUACCAAAUUCCCUUCCCUCGCCAUUGUCAUCUCCGCCGCUGCAUAGAGAAAUCAAUCCCAAAAAUGACUAAUAGCACCACCCAAAUUACUACUACUCAACAACAACAACUAGUUGAAUCUUCUUCUUCUUCUUCUUCUUCUUUUUCUGCUUCAGAAUCACCCAAAAAUCCCUUUAUUCCUUUCUUCCCUAACUUCAAUUUCAAUUUUCAACUUCCUCAUUUUUUCAACUUACCAGCAAAAAAACAUCAACACGAUGAUGGUGGUGAUAAGAACAAAGCAACAGCUAUCAUCCCAAAAUUGCAGGAAGGACCCAACGUUGUGACUUUCCCCAAAACCCAACUUGCUGUUGUUUCUGAACAACCUCUUCAGGCUGAAUCUCAAAUCUCUUCUACCAAAACUUCCAAUCCUCUCAUACUCUAUCAGGUUUAUGCAGUAGGAGCAUUCUUUAUUUCAAGAUGGAUUUGGGCAAGGUGGAAUGAAAGGAAGGCUCAAGGGAGGUCUUCCGAUGAGGAUGGUGAUGGCGAUGGUCGUGGAUCUCAGGAUAAUGAAUAGAAAUUUUUAUUAGUUACUUGUAUACAAUGCUACUACCUCAAUAUUUUCACAGUCUAUGUUUGAAAGGAAAUUUGUUUCAUUCUCUAAAGAGUCAAAUGUUGGAGAUGCUCUUUGAUACUACCAAGGGGUGGUAUAUAUAUCUGCUUUUUCAUCAUAGUCUUUAGUUAGAGAUUACUUCCAAAAUAAUCUUUCUAUUUCUAUACAUUUCUAGAACGUGAGGGGGUUACAACUAACACUUAAAUCAACUCCUUUGCUUAAAAUACUACAAUGAACUCUUUCAAGUUGUAAAUGAUGGUCGUGAUUGUGUCAAAUACAUUUUUAUUGUUUUGUGUGGCUAA